AUGGCGACGCCGUGGAACAGCUCCUCGAGCACGAGCAGCCUGUGGGCCGCCCUGGGGCAGGCCUCCAGCGUGGCACAGCUAGUCGGCGUGGACGCGCUUGGGCUCGUCUCCAUGGUGGACUGCGGCUACCUCCGGCGUCUGCUCCUGGGCGGACAUAUGGCCGACGAGCUCCGCGCCGCGCAGAACGAGAUUGACAUGUUCAUCCGCCUCAUCCCGCUCAUCGCCCUUGUGGACAAUUCGACAAACAGUCGUCGUGCCAAGGUCGAGGAGGGGGUGCUCAGUGUAGUCACAGAUAGUUCAAAUCAUCACAUCAGAUUUCCAGCAAGAGAUUUGGAGUUCACCAAAAUAUGCAUUCAAGGUGCUACAGAACUUCGCAAUGUUCAAGAACAGCCAUUUGUAGGCAAAGUGGACCUGCAAGAGCAGAAAAUCUCCAACGUUGAAGAACUUAUGGAGCUUUGUGCCCAUAUAGAAGCGACUUGCAUGGGAUUCUCAAAGUUCAACUUCUUUCAGAUCAUGGAUGGUACAGGAAAUUUCUCAGAAAAGGCAAUAAUUGGACGGGGUGGAUUUGCCACGGUUUACAAGGAACCAUUGCAGUGUGAGUUGUCCGAUGGAGUUACGGUUGCCAUCAAGAGAGCUCAUGAGUGCGCAACAGUCGGCAGUGAAUUGCAGCUUGCAAAGCUUCAGCAUACCAAUCUGAUUAGGUUACUUGGGUGGUGCAUUCAUGAGAAAGAAAGGAUUCUGGUCUAUGAGUUCAUGCACAAUGGUUCCUUGGACGGUCACAUAUACGACAGAACAAAAGGGUCAUUGCUAGACUGGUCUAAGCGACUCAAGAUAAUCAAAGGGUUAAUAGAGGGGCUUGUUUAUAUGCACAAAGGCUCCAUGUUAUGGAUUGUCAAUAGGGACUUGAAACCAAAUAAUAUCCUCUUGGAUUAUAACUUGAACCCAAGGAUUGCUGAUUUUGGAUCAGCUAGAGCACUGAGUUCAGAAGUAGCAGAAGAGCAUACAAACAUGGUUGUGGGCACUUGUGGUUACAAAGCUCCGGAGUAUGCAUCUCGAGGAGUUUACUCAGUGAAGACGGAUGUGUUCAGUUUCGGCGUCUUGGUUCUGGCAAUCAUAACCGGACGGAAGAAUACCAUACUCGACAGACGAGGGGAUACUGUUGGUGACCUUGUGCGCGACGCCUGGCAUAUGUGGAAGGACAAAAUAUUGCAUGAGCUUGUUGAUCCGUCUCUAGGGAACAGAUAUGAAAUCGCCGAGAUAACGCGCUGUGCUCACAUGGCACUCCUUUGUGCCCAGGAAGAUCCAGCAGAUCGGUCCACCAUGACAGAUGUUGCUGCCAUGCUGAAUUCUGAAAGCAUGAGCUUAUCAAUGGAGCCUAAGCAGCCUACAGUGCUGAGUAAAGGAAGUGAUGGUGAAAGCACGGCAUCUACAUACAUGGGCCAAUCAAGCAGGACAAUAGACAUAACCAUCACGAGCUCAGCUCCCAUGUCGACUAGAGUUCGAAUCAUUCUGGACCCGGAGUGCAGCUGCGCUAAUUGA